CUGACGCUGUUUUAUUCGCGCGUCCGUGUACUGUCGGUCGCCAUUUUGUGCAAGGUUAGGAGCGAAUGUAUUUAGGUAGUAUUUAAGAGGAUUAAUAUUUAUUACAAGUUGAGUUAUGACCUGUUUUAUUUAAAUUUUAUUUAUAAAUACUAAAAUAAGAAAGUAUCAAUCUAAAUAUAUACUAUGGACUGUCCAAAUCGUGGAUUUCGCGGUGGACGCGGUGGGCCACCCGGAGGCCCUCGCGGGCGAGGAAACUUUGAUAUGAGAGGACGAGGCGGACCUGGAAUGAGGGGCAGAGGUGGACCGCCGCGUGGUGGUGGUCCACCACUACGGGGUGGUCCUCGACCGUUUCGCGGUGGACCGAUGCGUGGAGGUGGUGGUGAGAGAGGUGGUCGAUUUCCGCCCGGUCCACAAGGUCCUGGCCCACAUCCAGUACCGACCAUUGAAAGUAGGGGACCUCCACAAACAGGUGGGUUCGUCAAUAACAGAGGAGGCCCUGGAGGGAUGAGAGGACGUGGCGGUAGAGGAAGAGGGGACUUUGGUCCUCGUGGAGACAGGGGUGUUGGGCGUGGAGGCCCUUACAUGAGAGGCAGAGGAGGACGCGGGGGACAUGGCCCACCAGGAGGGCCACCAACAGGCCCUCAUGGAGCCCCACAUGAUCCCAGUGGGCCCUUACCUAGGCCUGCACCUCAAGGACUUUCACCUCCUCAAAUUGCAUACAAGAGAGGUGGUGGACCUCCUCAUGGUGGCCCUGGGGUACCACCAAAGCGUGGAAGGUUUGAGGGUCCACGCGGCGGUGGAGGUGGGGGAAGACCGCCGGCAUCUGGUGGAUACCAACAAGCACCAGUACACAAUCCUGUACCACAACCAAAUGGAUAUGGACCACCAGCACACACAGGCUACCAACCAUAUGAGCAACCAGCGGCAGAUCCCUAUGCAGCGACCUCAUACAAUACGUCUAGUUCCUAUCAAGGUGGUAGCUAUUCAUCACCAGCCCCUGCCCCUGCAAGCACUGGUUAUAAUUCUGGUGGUUAUGGGUCAAAUUAUGGCUAUUCUACGGGACAAGGGGGCUAUGAAAAUGAUGGCUAUGGCAGUGCGGGAGGCGCCGGCGACGCGGGCUACGGGCCGAGCGAGCCGGCGUACGGAGGCGCCGCGCCCGCAUACGACUCAUACGCGCAGCCCUCCUACAACACCUACCAGCAGCCGCAGACACAGUACAACGCUAGCUAUGGCAGUUGGUGAUUGGUUUGAGUGUAAAAGAACCUAAAAACAUCUCGAAAUAUAUCUAGCUGGAUCGUUAAUGCAAGUGUUUAAGGAAUAUAGAACAGAUAAAACAUAGUUUUGUUAGUUUAAUAAUUUUACUGAACCAAGUGCAAAGAAUUAUGACAUUGCAAUGAAAUUUGACUACAAGUAACGUAGAUUCUGAAUAAUGUUUACAUUACAUAUAAAUUGUUACUACUUAACUUGACGUCGUAUUCUUAAAUUAUACAAUGACAUGCCCAAUGUAUUAUUUAAUAUUAAUUUGUAAUGGUACCAAACAUACCAUGUCUUAGAAGUUAAGGUACAUUUUUUUAUAAAAUAAACCUAUGAAUGAAA